UCCGGGACUAGGGCCGGCCGGUGUGCCCGCUAGGGCUACAAAUCUAUGCGAUCAGGUUCCUAGCCGGCUGCUUUUUGGCGCCGGGUCCUCAGCAUGGCUGCCUCCAGGGUUGAGGGCUGGGGAGCUGCCACACCCUCGUUUUGCUGACCGUCCCUGGAGUCUGUGUUCUUCUUGUCUUUCCUGGGCCACCCUAGCAGACAUGUUCGCUAAGGCCUUUCGGGUCAAGUCCAACACGGCCAUCAAGGGAUCGGACAGAAGAAAACUUCGGGCUGAUGUGACAGCAGCUUUUCCCACCCUUGGAACAGAUCGGGUCUCUGAGUUGAUCCCUGGAAAGGAAGAGCUAAACGUCGUGAAGUUGUAUGCUCACAAAGGGGAUGCAGUGACCGUGUACAUGAUUGGUGGUAACCCCAUCCUGUUUGAACUGGAGAAAAAUUUGUACCCAACAGUGUACACACUGUGGUCCUAUCCUGAUCUCCUACCAGCCUUCACAACAUGGCCUCUGGUCCUGGAAAAACUGGUCGGGGGAGCAGAUUUGAUGCUGCCAGGGGUAGUGGUGCCCCCUACUGGUCUGCCUCAGGUACAGCAAGGUGACCUCUGUGCCAUUGCCUUGGUGGGGAACAGAGCUCCUGUAGCAAUUGGAGUGGCUGCCAUGUCCACAACUCAGAUGCUGGCUUCAGGCCUGAAGGGAAAGGGCUUCUCUGUGCUCCACACUUACCAGGAUCACUUGUGGAAAUCUGGAGACAAGUCCUCUCCACCUGCCAUUGCCCCACUGGCAAUGAAUCCCACAGAUAGCAAUGAAGAGAAGGUGGACCCUGGUCUGCAUGGAAACCUGAGCAGCCUGACCCUGGAGGGAGAGGAGGAGAAUAGGAAGGUUCAUCACCCAGAAGCCUCUGAAGACACCAGCUCCGGAGCCCUGAGCCAGGAUUCCCAGGAUAGCAAGCCCCUUCAAGAGCAAAUGGAUGAGCUGUUACAUCAAUGCUUCCUGCAUGCCUUGAAGAGUCGAGUCAAAAAAGCUGACCUCCCUUUGCUCACCAGCACUCUCCUUGGCAGUCACAUGUUCUCUUGCUGCCCCGAAGGACAGCAGCUGGAUAUAAAGAAGUCAAGCUAUAAAAAGCUCUCUAAGUUUCUGCAGCACAUGCAGCAGGAGCAGAUUGUCCAGGUCAAGGAGCUGAGCAAAGGGGUGGAGAGCAUUGUGGCUGUGGACUGGAGGCACCCGAGGAUCACAUCCUUUGUCAUCCCCGAGCCUUCCCUGACUUCCCAGACUGUCCAGGAGGGUAGCAGGGAACAGCCCUAUCACCCUCCAGAUAUAAAAUCCCUCUACUGUGUCCCAGCCAGCAUGACCCAGCUCUUCCAGGAGUCUGGCCACAAGAAGGGGAGCACCCUCGAGGGCGGUGAGGUCCGCAGGAUCGUCAUUGACUAUGCCAAGAGGAACAGCCUGGUGGACGCAGACAACAGGAACGCUCUUUUCCCCUUUAGUCUGGUGAGAUUGGAUCCUAUCUUAUGUGACUGCGUCCUAGAGAAGAAUGAACAGCACUCGGUCACGAAGCUUCCGUGGGACGAUCUCCUGACCAGGUGUUUGCAAAAUAUGCAGCCUGCCUACCAAGUGACGUUUCCUGGACAGGAGCCCAUUCUGAAGAAAGGGAAACUCAGUCCGAUUGACAUCACCCUUGCCCAGAAGGCUUAUAAUAAAAAGGUGACCGUGGUCCGGAACUUGGAGACCUAUGGUCUUGAUCCAUGCUCAGUGGCCGCCACUCUCCAGCAGCGGUGCCAGGCCAGCACCAUCAUCUCUCCUGCCCCUGGGGCCAAAGACAGUCUGCAGGUGCAGAUCCAAGGAAACCAGAUCCACCACCUUGGCCGGCUAUUGCUCGAAGAGUAUCGGCUCCCUGGAAAAUACAUCCAAGGCCUAGAAAAGGCCCCCAAACCUGGCAAGAAGUGACAGACCCAUUUUAUGCAGUGGAUCCCAUGGGAACUCAGGUUCUGAGCUGGUAAUUGAUAUGAGCGUUUUCAACUUUUGCAAAUAAAAACUGUAAUUCUUUACUUAAAGCUUUUAUUCUAAUCAAAAUCUGAA